CCAAAACUAAAAGUAAUCCAAAGUCGAAAAUCAAAACACCCGAGGUAUAGUCGUCUGGUAAAGUGAAGAUCGGGUGGAAGUCGAGUCAAUCAAAGCGAGGCAGCUAAUAAAAAGUGCUAAUGGUGUGUUUAAAAUAUGAAUAAACCGAGUAUGCCUGGGCCACAAAAACGGUUACAAAAAAAGCUACCAAUGCCACAACCACAACGGUUAUAGCAAUAACAAAAAGAGAUUUUCUUUUUUCGUGGGACGAAGAAAUCGCAUUUGCAUUUCACCGCCGUCUUGGCCAGUAGAUUAAAUUGGAUCAAAUCGAUGGAGGUUUUGGUUUAUUUGUUAUGUUUGUGUGCGCGUUUCGGCUAAGAGUGCUACUUUCAUAAAAAGGUUGCCAGUCACAAGAUUCUGGAAUAAUAAAUAUCUGAAUGCAAAUAUUGGGAACCCGUUAAGAAGAGCCCAGCCGAUCCGAAACAAUAGGAGUUUUUGGGAGACUCGCAGCGGGAGUGGGCAAUGUUUGACGACGGCCGCCGAUCCGCGAUUCUGUAAGAUGGGCAACCGCAGCAGCAGGGGCGUGGACAUAACCGCCGAGGAGGGGGCCGCCGGCGAGGGCAACUCCAGGUUCAACACCCGUCGGCGAUACCAGCAGCACAAGCAGGAGUAUUGUCUCCAGAGCGAGUACCGCUCCAAGACCCUGCCCGCCCGCCAUCCGCACCACAACGAUCCGCAACAGAACCAGCGGAAGACCCACGACACCCAGGAGCGAUUGGGCUCGAGCAGUUGCUUGGGAGCCGGUCAGAAUGCCUCCAAUAACGCAACGCCACACAAUGGAGAGACGUCGAGGGUGCUGUUUCUGCUCUACUUGAUACACCGCACCUGGAACGUGGUCAUGGACACGAUGGACUCACGCACCAAGAGUCGUUCGCAGCGAGGGGAGUCCCCCCAAAAAGAGGCACCCGUGGAGAUCGAGCUCCAGCCGCGACCUCUCGACGAGGAGUGCUCCAUUGGCAUCACCGACUUGGACGCCUCCUCGUUCUGCUCCCAGUACUCCUGCUGCAGCUGCAGCUACUGCGAUGUGGGGACAACCGGGACACAGACGAAUGUCUACAGCUCCAUUGGCGACGACUACUCCCUGGACUCCAUGUACGAGGCGGGAAAGUCGGUUAUUGACAGCGACAGCUCGACACUGCAGAGACACCAUCCGCAACCUCGUCACCCGGGACAACUGCACCUCCCCCAGAUGGCUCCCAGUGUGUGCGAGAUGGCCGGCCAGGGUCAAAGCAGUCAGGUUCCCCCGCAGAAGGCAGGCGGAUCGAAUAGCUCGGGGACGAACAAGUGUGGAGCCAGCAGUCUAAACGGAUCCCUGGCCUCCUACAAGAUUGGCGGCUCCGAGCAGAGCUGGCCCCAGGCACCAGUUUACAGCAAGGAAAACCAACGACCACCAGUCUACAAUCCCGAGGACUAUGUGCACUCGCUGAGAAAGUUCAUCAAGGCCAGCAGUUCGGCCAAGAAGCUAACUAUUUACGAUGUGAGCACGGGUCCGAGUGCCAAGGAAGAGGCCUCUCGAUCGGCCACCCUCCCAGCCAAACACUCGGAGUACAAAUCUCCCAUUCCUGCUCCGCCAGAAAAUGACAGAGAGAUGUCCCUGCGUCAGUUUGGCUCCAUCACAGAUUUGCUCACCAAGUUGAGGGCUGAUCUGCGGGUCUCCUUUCCCAGCUUUGUCCAGGAAUUUGUGGGUACUCCUGCUGACGGUAUCAGCCACUUGCUGGAGGUCCUGCGCGCCAUUCAAAUGGCCCAGGCCAGCAACGCCCCUGCUCCACUGCCAGGAGCCAGUAGUUCCCUGGCCCUGACCAGGAAUCCCCAGAGCUAUCAGCGUCGUGCUUUGCUGGAUGAGUUGUCUUGCCUGCAAUGUCUGAGCAUCUGCAGCUCGCGAUCCCUGGAUGCCAUAGCCCGUUUGGGGAACACACCAGUGGGUCUUAUGCCCCUGGCCUCCUCGGCCACGGGUCAGGGCAUCCGAGCCCGCAUCCUGGCCCUCCAGCUGCUCGCAUCCGCCUGCGAUCGCCAGCCCUUUGGGAGCGGCAGUGGUGGUCAGAAGAUAGCCUCAGCGGGACACACAGCCGUGUCGGAUGCCAUGUCCACGUUGCGACUGAGAUGCAGUGAACCGGUUCGCUUUCGCCUGCUGGUGGGCAUCCUGAACAGCGGCGGCGGUUCUGGGGAGCUUCAGUGUGCGGGUGUUAAAUUCCUCAACACCUUCAUCGAGAGCGCCGUGAGCAUCCAGCAGCGUCUGUACAUCCAGGCCGAGCUCUUCCAGGCGGGCUUAGAUGCCAGCACCUUGGCCAGGACUAUCUCCUCCUCAUCUCCCUGGUUGGAUGCCCUGAAGAUCGAGGUGAAGCGCUUCAACGAACUGCAUAUCGAUGUGGACCAGAUGAUAACCCAGGCCAGGGAUGCGGAGCGCGUGCGCAGCCAGAUGGUCAUCCUGGAGCGAAGGGUGCAGAUCCUGCACGAGGAGAAGGCCGUGCUGACCUCCAUGGAGCGGCGUCUCCAAGAACGAUGUGCCGAGCUGCAGCGCGAGAUCUUCCGCCUGCAGGGCAACCAGCAGCAGUCCAAAUUCAAGCCAGUAGAGUCCUCCGGCCACCAGCCGGUGGCCCUUCCGCGCCAGGUUCCUCCGCCCAAGAAGAACAAGCAGAGCAGUUCGGAGCACGAGGACGAGGGUAUCAGCAGCUCGGAGACGGGAGCAUCCCUCAGUCCAGUGCCCAUUUUGGUCCUCCCCUCCAAGGCGAAGCAGUCACGAAAGGUUGUGCCGGAGGAGGAUGAGGAUGAUGCGGCCACCAUUGAGGAUGUGAUCGAGGAGCUGGACAACAUUGUGAGCGAGGCGGAAAAGCAGAUCAGCAGCCAGGCGAGCAGUGGUUCCCGCUCAAAGAUGCGCCACCAUCGCUCCGUGGAGAAGGAUAUUGUCCCGGUCAACAUAGUACCACAGCCUCCGAGGAAAUCCCGUUCGCUGGCACAUCUGGUGGCCCGCACUGAUUGCUCCGACCAAGAGGGUUCGGAUUAUGGCAUGGUCUUGCACCAACCGGGAGAUCCCGCUGCCGCCGAGCGUUUGGCCGCCAUGCAGAGCUUCUUCGACGAGGUGGACUACGACGCUCCGGAGACGGAUCAGCCGGCAUCGUACCAAAUGGACUCACCCACUCCCGACAUGCCGGAGGCGAAUGCCACGGCCACUGCGUACAAUGCCAGCACGAAUCGGGAGCUCCUGGAUGUGAUCAUGAAUGCGCGGCACGACGAACACGAUCCCACCAUGCAGGCCUUGAGGAAGAGUGCCCAGGACACGGCGCCGGCGACGACGAUUCCCCAUCACCCGGUGAAGGUCAAGGCCCCAGCUCCUCCUCCACCCACGCCCCCAGCCCAGCAAUUCAACGGGGUCUUCUUCAUGACCGGCAUGAACACACCGCAGAAAUAUCCGAAGCCCGAUAUCUCGGCUGCCCUACAGGCCAGGAGGGUCACCAAGAAUGUGGAGCGCCUGGAGGCCGCUUUCGCUUCCGCUCAUCCCGAAGCCCUCAAUGAGGCGGCCAUCGGAAGGGAGAAGUCGCGCAGCAACCAACAGAUAUACUUCACCAGCAACCUGGCCAUGCGGAUGCACGAUCACUCUGGAUUUGGCCUUCCGAAUGGUGGACAGAUCCAGGGUCCCACCAUGCGAACGCGAUCCCACACCCAGGGAUCCAUGUCCAAGGUGACGGAUCUGCCCUCCGGCCUCUACUAAAAGAUAUUCUGAAAGAUCUACUCCAGCUUCUGUGCAAUAGCAAUCCACUCCUAGGUUACGACAGCCCAUCAGAUCAGCGUAUUUAUAGAUCAUUUAAAUCUACCCAUAUAUUAUAAAAAAAUGUCUUAUGCAACAUCUCAAUACAACUGCAACCCAGACUAGGUUUAGUUACGGUGGCAGCUUCAACCGGGUAACUAGUUGAUAAGUCUUAGUUCCGUAGUUCAUGACUAGCCUAAUUGAUUUUUUCUCUUUGAAUAAAGUUUUUAAACUAAA